CAUGAACAGAACUGUUGGAAAGUUUCGCCAGGAGAGAUCCUUGAGAUCAAUUACUGCUGUUGGAGGAGACCAAGGACGAUUCGUCAUCGUUUCGUCAGCUAACGCCAUGAUCUUGCAAAGAGGGAAUCGUGAAAGUCUUCUGGGUGAUGGUGUGGUUGAGAAUAAUAAUCAUGCAGGAUGGCGACGUAAUAUGACAGGAAUGCCUCGAUUAGGCAGAGGAGAGGAACGUUUGGAUAACGAAAAGGAGCAAUCUUGGGAUACAUACAAACGCGGUAAUUAUUUGUUGGAACCAACCGAUCCACAUAUCUACACUCGGAUGAACACGCCCCGUAAUGUUUGCUUUGAUCAACAAGGAAGACAAUAUCGAGUGCCAAUGAUUAUAUUUGUGACAUCAGCUCUUGGUAAUUUGAAACGUAGAGACCAUAUUCGUGUGACCUACGGUAGCAACCAAGCCUGGAAAAUACUAAAUCAUACCCUCGUCAGGACAGUGUUUAUGCUGGGAACGACGAAUGAUCCGGUUCUGCAAUCCAAGAUCAAUGCCGAGGCUAGCAUCUAUGGCGAUAUUGUCCAGGAGGAUUUCAUUGAUAGUUACCUGAACCUGACGCGGAAGACGGUAAUGGGUUUUAAAUGGGUUACGGAGCAUUGUCGACAUGGAAAGUUUGCGAUGAAAAUCGACGACGAUACGAUGCUGAACAAGGCUCGCAUCCUGGAGUUCAUCCUUCAAGCGCCCUCUCGAGGGGUCGUCAUCGGCAACGUGAACCUGGACAUGCCGGUGGUCCGUAGCAGAUAUGGAGAAUGGGGGAAGUACCGCAUCUCCAAAAACUUCUACCCGGCAUCGAAGUACCCACCGUACCUCUCGGGUCCAGCGUUCAUCAUGUCUACAGAUCUGGUGGAGGCAACGUUCCGUGCUGCACUGACUACGCCCUUAUUCCCCUAG